CUGAUGAUAUGUUACUUUGAGCAAAUAAAUAACAAAGGGGAAGGAAUGAUAUAAUUGGGUGGACAUCAUCCCACUACACAGUUAGGGAGGAGUGAGGGUUCAAGGCCUUGCAUGCAGUUUCUAUGGACAUUUCUUCAUGCUAGACCUCAGCUUCACUUGCGGGAUUUAUAGCUACAUGGAGAUGUAUAGAAGACAGCUUCAUAUAACUUCAGUAUCUUUAAUUUUUCUUUUGAUGUAUAGAUACAUCUCUGAGUAAUAUGCAUAUAUAUCAAAUAUUGGAUGAGUAGCCAACAACAAAUUUGGUUGUAGCUUGGAAUCAUUUGAUAUCUCAUCCAUCCUACAAAAUAGAACACUUUAAUUACAACCAGUAGGCCACUGGCAACAACACAGUGGACUGCCCUGAGAAUCCCUUUCAUUUAAGUAGAUGGAGAUGUGAGCAUGUGAGCCAGACAGUUUCUUUCAGCUGCCAUCGGCUUUUCUAUUGGGCUAGCAUGGAUAACUGAUGAGUCUGCACUGGGCAGGCCUUUCCUCUUAAUGAUGCCUGUCCUAAUGAUACGAGACUAAUCCACAGUGUGUGUGGCUGCGCACGCACACACCUGCAAAAAACGGCUACCCAUUCAGAGACAUGUUCUUUCACUCACUGCAGUCGCAUGUAAUUCGGUGUCACUAAUUGAGCAACUUGACUCCCAUUGUGUGAUAAUGUCGGCUACGUGUUAGUUAAAUUAAAAACACGAUAAGGCCAUUUUCACUCUGAGUCGAAUCUUUCCCUUCAUAAUUCAUUCAGUCCAGAGAAAAGCUGAAUGGAUAGCUACCAUGCCACAGAAUAAAAUAUUCUUAUAUAGUGUGGAUUGAAGCAACGGCAGGAAAGGAUGCUUUUAAUGAAUUGGCCAAUAUUCCGUUACUGUCUGCGGCCAGUUCAAAUAAUCAAAUAUUCUGUUUUACAGUCUCAGUCCGCUUCACCCACAAAAAGCAGACCUGCCUGGUACAAGCACAUUUCCUCUCAGUACUAGCCAAAGAGCAGCUACACUGAAGUAAUUUAAAGCUUAAGUGCUUUACCUAAACAGUUAUAGAAUAGUUUUAGAGUCAAGGUCUUGAAUUUGCUUUUUUACCUUGAAAUGUUUCCAGUAAAUCUAAGAAUCAAACCAGUGGCUUUCACCUUUAUCUUAACAUAAAAGCUUCUAUAAUUCUUCUACAGCAGGAAGGAGCAGGCUUUUAAUCAAAUGCCAAUAAUGUGCAUUUGUAAUCUGUAUAGAAAUUAACCACAUUCAGCUGCAUUUCAAGCUGCUUAGGUUGAUAUUAUGUGACAAGCAAGACCAUUUGAGAAGAGCUAGAUUGUUGCACUUCAUAGACACAUGCAUUAGACUCUGAAUAAAUCAAAUCUCGAAACCGUUUCUGAAAUAUCAAGAUUAGGCUAACUCCAGUGAAAUGGAGUGUGAAAUAGAAUAUUUCACAAGACCAAAAUGAAAUCCAAAAUGUGGAGAAAGAAGAUUAUUUUACAUGAACAUCAUUUAACAUUAUCUGAGAAAUUCAGAUAAAAGUCAAACCUGUGAGAUGAAGAAUAACAGGUGACUUAAGUCAUUGCUUUCUUAGUGACUUAAUGUGUCUAGGUGUAUUUUGCCUUAAGAACUGCAUUUCUCAGAGUUUAAGUUAAACUAAUGCUCACACUCCCAGGUCAGCAGAUAUUUUGGUUUGCUGAGUUAAGCUGCCUCACAACAUAUACAAUGCAUCAUUCUCGCAUUACUAUUGGACAAAAUCACAUUGUCAGGCGGGCGCACUCCACUCAAGGAGACCACAGUUACCAAGUGACGUGACAACACAAACACAUGAACUCAGGAGCCAACUGAAGGAAAUCAUACAAGCCUAAAAGAAGAAUGUCACAUGAGUCAAAGUUAGAGCCCUAUCAGAAACACAGCAGGUCUGAUGCCUUGGAGGGUCGUCUGAGCAGUCAGGAGAGGACACUGGCUGUGCUGCAGGAACAGGCUUUCAGGGUCACAGAGAAGGUGGCAGCAGGCCUGGAGUCCACCAAGGGCUCUGUCCAGGUGGAGGCACUUUCCCGUAAGCUGCUGGAGAGUCACAUACUGACCAUAACACGUAUUGUGAAGCAGCUUAGCAUGGACAUACAGGCACUAGAGGGACAGCUCGCCCAACGGGACUCUGUAACCUCUGGAACCACAGUAGCUGUUCAAAGCUUAGACCAGAAAAACAUGGCUGGCAUUGGAGACCUGAGAGGAAGAGUAGCCAGGUGUGAUGCCAGCAUUGUCAAGCUGAGCGCUGACAUGAGCUCUGGGGAGCAGCAGAUGAUUAGACUGCAGAAGGAGGCGGCAGAGCUCAGGUCAGCUGUGGAUGUAAGGCUCAAAGAGCUGGAGGUCAAGCUUCGUCAUGACCUUGGAAGGCUGCAGGCCUCAUUGACAGAGCAUCCGCAGAGCCAAAGAAGCUCCGUGUCUGAUCUGCAGAGACAAGUUAAACUACUAGAAGACACGAUUUCAGAUGGUCUAAAGGAAGUCAAGGAGGAGACAGAGUUACUGAGAAAGUGGACAGAACAACAGCUCAACAGCUCUAUCCAGACACAUGCACGGUGCAGCCAGCAGCUCCGCUCACUGCUACAGGACAAAAUGUUAGAGGCAGAGUCUGGAUUAGCUAAACGGCUGCACACUCUGGAGGCCCGUGUGGAGCAGUUUGAGACCCAGCGGGACCAAGCUGACCAAAGUCAGGCAAAUCAGCUGAAACGCUCUGAAACCAAACUCAGUAAAAGAAUGACCUCAUUGGAGAACAGCCUUCAACAGAAGCUGCAGCUGCUCAAACAGGAAUAUCACAAAGGGUUCCUGUCUGUGCACGAUGCCAUUGAGUCCCUGAGGCAGAUAAGUGACAUCAAAUCCCGUCUUAACAAGGAGACGCUGCAGAAGGAUAUCAGGCACAUCUGCAGCACAGUGGCAGAGCUCAAUGACUUGUGACUGAAGAGGAGCUCAUUUUACUGUCAAGCCUCGUUUGAGACAAACUCUUUUUAAACCAAAAGGCAUGCCCAUGGAUGACAGUGUUGAUUUCUCCCUCUCUAGCUUCAUUCUCAUUUAAUUCUAUGAGCCCGCAGCUAUUUAGACUGGAGCUAUAUUUGAUUUAAUUGCUUGUGUCAAUAACAAGUAAUAUUUUUUUUUUACUUUAAAGCAUACAGGAUUCAGUCGGUCCUGUUAGACUUGACUGUAAAACCUAAGAUGAGAUCACUAUUGUAUUAAAAGUAUGUAUUGAAUGGAUGUCACAUAAAUGAAAGUUUAAUAUUAUAUA